AUGCGGAUCAACGGCCAUGCCGGGUUGGCCUGCAAGACGCCGUUAGCCCUGGCUGUCGACGAGAACAACACCGUUAGGGUGGAGCCCGCCGGCGUUAUGCGCGUGAUGAAGGACCUGGUAGUGGACUUUGAGAUGUUCUGGGACAAGAUCCGCGCAGUGGAACCCUAUUUGCAGCCCCAGGGAGCAGAACCGGAAGGCGAGUACGUAGCCUCCAACGAUUCUAUGCUCCACCUUUCCGGUGUAACUGCCUGCAUUAUGUGCGGGGCCUGCGUGUCCGAUUGCACGGUGCUGGAAGUUGAUCCUACCUUCCUCGGACCUGCGGCGUUGGCCAAGGCAUAUCGCUUCACGGCAGAUCCCAGGGAUGGAGACCGGGAAGGGGUUUCUCGAGAUCGGCUGCGCAGCCUCAGUGAGGCCACGGGAAUGUGGGAUUGCACUCGCUGCAACGAGUGUGUCCAGGCCUGCCCCAAGGGCGUGGCCCCGAUGGACCGCAUCAUGGCCCUGAGAGAUCAGGCAGUCAGCGCCGGAUUCACUAACAAUAACGGCGCUCGCCACACCAGCGCAUUUACGGAAUCGGUAGGUCACAGCGGUCGCCUGGAUGAACUCCGGUUGCCCAUAAAAACAGCGGGUGGGAUAACCAAUGUGGGUGCCAUGCUCAGUUACGCGCCCGUAGGCUGGCGGGCCCUGACUCAUGGCAAGAUGCCUCCCAUACGCCACAAGAAUGUGGAGAACGUGGAAAUCGUGCGCCGAUUGUUCCGCAAGCUGGAACCGGAUUUGGCUGGCCCGCAGAUUGGCAAGAACUCGCCCUUUGGCUGA